UGAACAGAUCCAGACAGAGUGAGAGGGACUCACCCUCCGACAUUUUCUCCAUUCUUUAAGCGAAGGAUUUCUCCUCUUCCUUCUUCUUCUACUCCUCUUGCUCGCUCCUCUUGCAUUUGGAUCUCUCUCUCUCUCUCUCUCUCUCUUCCAUCUCUAGCUAGGUUUCCAACCGUUUUGCGGGACCGGAAAUGGUGGUUUCCGAGCCACUAACGCCCGGUCAGGUGUCCUUUUUGCUUGGAAUGGUACAAAUUUUUGUCGCAUGGAUAUACUCAGAGUUCCUUGAAUAUAGGAAAUCUUCUCAUCCUUCCAAAGUUCAUUCAGACAUUAAUAUGGUUGAAUUGGGAAAGGAGACAAUCAAAGAAGAUGAUCGGACUACUUUGCUGGAAGGAGGUCUCACAAGAUCAGCAUCUGCAAAGUCUCAUAGUUUAUCAAUAAAAACGAAUCUAAUUAGGUUCCUGACCAUGGACGACUCCUUUUUGCUAGAAAAUAGAGCAACUUUAAGAGCAAUGUCUGAAUUGGGCGCAAUUCUGCUGUAUUUCUACAUAUGUGAUCGUACAAAUUUACUGGGAGGAUCUACAAAGAAAUACAAUCGUGAUCUUUUCCUCUUUCUCUACAUUCUCCUUAUCAUAGUUUCAGCAAUGACUUCUUUGAAGAAGCAUAAUGAUGUGUCAGCAUUCUCUGGAAAAUCCUUACUUUACCUCAAUCGGCAUCAAACUGAGGAAUGGAAAGGAUGGAUGCAGGUCUUAUUUCUAAUGUACCAUUAUUUUGCUGCAACGGAGAUAUACAAUGCAAUACGUAUGUUUAUUGCUGCAUAUGUUUGGAUGACUGGAUUUGGCAACUUUUCCUAUUAUUACAUUAGAAAGGAUUUUAGCAUUGCACGCUUUGCUCAGAUGAUGUGGCGGCUAAAUUUCUUUGUAGCAUUUUGUUGCAUUGUUCUGAACAAUGACUAUAUGCUGUACUACAUCUGUCCAAUGCACACGCUUUUCACAUUAAUGGUGUAUGGAACCCUUGGUAUUUUUAACAAGUACAAUGAGAUACGCUCAGUGAUGGCUGUGAAGAUUCUUGGAUGCUUUCUUGUGGUUAUCUUGAUUUGGGAAAUUCCUGGAGUUUUUUACAUAUUCUGGCGUCCACUAGCCUUCAUUUUAGGGUAUACUGAUCCUGCAAAACCAGAUCUCCCUCGUCUGCAUGAAUGGCAUUUCAGAUCUGGACUUGAUCGGUAUAUAUGGAUCAAUGGAAUGAUAUAUGCAUAUUAUCACCCCAAUGUUGAGAAAUGGAUGGAGAAAUUGGAGGAAUGUGAGAUCAAAAGGAGAAUCUCCAUCAAAGCAAGCAUUGUUGCAGUUUCUUUAUUUGUUGGUUACUUGUGGUAUGAAUGUAUUUAUAAGCUGGACAAGGUUACAUACAACAAAUACCAUCCCUACACAUCGUGGAUUCCUAUAACAGUUUAUAUUUGCUUGCGAAAUUUCACUCAGCAGUUUCGGAGUUUCUCAUUGACUCUUUUUGCGUGGCUGGGCAAGAUUACUUUGGAGACCUAUAUUUCUCAGUUCCAUAUCUGGUUGAGAUCAAGCGUGCCUAAUGGACAGCCUAAGUGGCUUCUUUCUCUUGUCCCAGAAUAUCCCCUGCUUAACUUCAUGCUCACUACUGCCAUUUAUGUCCUUGUCUCUCUUCGGAUUUUUGAAUUAACUAAUACACUGAAGACGGUUUUCAUAUCCACAAAAGACAACCAGCGGCUGCUAUAUAACUUUAUUGCCGGGGCUGCCAUUUUCCUGUCGUUGUAUUUCAUCUCAUUCAUUCUUCUACAGAUCCCUCAUGCAUAGGCCUGACAAAUCAAGACUUAGAUAGAGCUACAUAGAUAUUUCCAAACCAUAGAAGUGGGAAUUAAAUAAGGGAACUUUGGAAGAUGCUGGUUGCAAGUCUAGCUGCCAAAGCAAAUUUUGCAAUGGGCUCAAGAGCCCUGAUUGCUGUUAUCAGAGCUGAAAGUAGAAGUUGAUAUGCAUUGCAGCGUGUGUCAAGAGUGCAGGAAAUGACAGGAAAUAUUCUUUCUUUCUUUCUUUUUGCCUUUCUGUAAUAUUUGUAAUUGCCGCAUAUAAAUUCGUUCUCUAUCUUGUUCAAUCAUCGAAGAAAAUGUAGUUUCCUCUGGCAUAUAAUUACGUGUCUAGCAUCAAAGAAAUGCAAGAUAUAAUACUAAUGAACUUUGAUUGUCUUGGAGCAUAUAAGAACUUGGUGUAUUCAAAUAGGAAAUAUUUUUCCAUUUAUGAAGAAAAAUUAUUCUCAUCGGCCACUA